AUGGCGGGUGGAAUUAGUGGGCAAUCGUCAAAGAAAGGUGAGGAUCAAACGGGCCCAUCCACUCCUCCAGAAGAUGGGCCACGGGAUGAGUCACAGGACGAGUCACAAGAUGAGUCACAGCUCCCGUUUUUGGACCCUACUACGCUGUGGUUUGAUGAUCCUAAGGUUCGGAGUGCGGUAUCCGGUACGAUUACUAGAUACUACCAAGCCCCUUGGAGGAACUUUGGAGAAGUUCCUGCAGCUACGAAGGAACACUGGUGGAACUUGUUCAACGCACAAUUCAGAUGGGCACCCCAGAUGAACGAGCUAAUGAAGCUCACAUUUCGGAGGAGGGUAGCAACACUCCUGCGUGACAUGUUCCACACCAUCACGCACAAGAUGAAUGGCGCCAAGCGAAGUUGGCUGAGUGAGGAGAUCCACAAUGAGAUGAUGGACAUUGUUACAUCGGAUCCAACUUCCAAGGAGAGGUCGGCGCAAAACAAGAAGAACAGAAGGGGCAGAUCUAUGGAAAAUCCCGUCCGAGGGACCCACUUUCCGGGUUCGUUGUCAGCUGUCCAACAUGCGAAAAGGAUGGUGGCGAAGAACAAGGGCCAGCUGCCAACAGCUCCUAAGCUGUUUUUGAAGACACACUUCAAGGAGCUGACUGGGAAAGGCACAGUGGCAGUAAACCCCACAGCUCAGGAAAUUGCGGAGGCCUACCAAAAGAGGGUUGAGGAGGCUAGCACUCAAAGGACUCAGAAGAGUCCGAAUGAGCUGUAUUGGGAGACAGUGGGUGGUCGGAACAAAAAAGGACGUGUGAAGGGACUUGGAGGAAGUGCUGACCUUUACUAUGGCAGCCAGAUGGGAUCAGAUGGAAACCAGGAUGCAGGCUCUUCGGGAAGAAAUGGAACUCGAGAUGCGAGCCUGAGUUCAAGCCUUAGUAAGAGCCCAAAUGGAAGAAAUGGAGAAGAGGUUGGAAGAGAGGAUGAUGAGUCGUUACCACAAUGA